GACAAUUGUCCUCGGCGAGAUAUUCGCAUUGUACCGCGUGACUUCAAUGCGGUAUUUUGCGGCGAGCGAGCUGGCCAUGAGAUGUCUGUCGGUCCUCGUGGACUGGAGCUGAUGCUGGCAGCGAGAAUAGCCUCCUUUUCCGGCACUUAGCUAGGUCCCAGAAAUUGAGGAUUUCUGACUCUUGGUAUCAGUGCUCUGACCUGCAUCGUUGGAUUUGGCCAAGGAGAUCGAACUCAUCCUCAUCGUUAGCACUCGCUGGAGGAUCCUCCAGAACUGCAGGCUAUCGGAGCGCCGAGUUCUGUGGAACUGAUCAUAGAUUAGUUGUGGCUAUUCGAGUCCACUCCAAUACUCCUCGUCGCUCCAAUGAUCACCCUGGGGUGUUUUAUAUGGACAGUUGAGAAAAGGGAAGUGUGCCCGGGUUUUUUCCGAGGCUAUCUCUGGUCGUUCCGCAGCGCUCGGUAACCCGACGGCCACGGUACUGCGGUGGGACACCUCAAGCGUGAAACGCUCGAUGCAGCCCAAGAAUCGAUUGGUGAACACCCAAAAGCAAGACACAAUUUCAUCUCGCAGGAGACACUGGAAGCCACAGAUGCUUGUCGCGCUGCUCAUCUGACAGGGGAACGUGGCUUGCUUCAUUCCCUGGCGCGCAGGAUUCGGUCCCUGUUGAGAAGGAACAAGAAACAGUUUAGGAAUCUUGCAGAGGAAGUCAAAGGCCAUUUCUUAAUAAACGACCUUCGUCCUGCCUAAUAGGCCCUAAGAUAGCUUAACUCUAAGCUCUCCCCACAGGCGACUGCAGUCUGCGCAGUAGGUGGCCAGAUCAUCUCAGAUCCUGUUGGGGUGCGGGAGCGCUGUGCUGAGUAUUUUGAGCAGUUGGACCAGGUUGAUUCACGAACAAUUAACUUGGAUGCGGGAAGUGUCGAGAUCCUUGUGCCACCCAGCAGCGGGGAUUCACCCUCCCAAACUAAAGUCAGGGGGACGAUCCUAAAGAAAAACAAUGACAUAAUCCAAAACGCCUGCUGAAAUUUUCCACCAUGGCGAGCCCCACGAUCGAAUCUCUAUGUUGUUUAUCGAGCACGAAUGCCUUCAGUAAAGACUUUCUCAUAGACUUCCAGAGUGUGCCUUACAAUGCCAUAUCCAUUCUGGCAUCCCUUUUUGGCAUGGCUGGUGCCAUAUACCAGAUUCUUCCCCGAACACCUGGUAAUGGCGCCAAUGGUCGAGAGUUCUUUAAGACGAGGGGGCGCCUUAUCAUAAGAUGGCUCGCCGUUGCUGACCUUCUGGCCGCAUUCGGGAUUCUUAUAAGAUCGGCUUCCUGGCUUGCCAAUGACACUUUUGGAUCAAAGGCAGAUGACAGCAAACAAGGGCAGUCUAUGUGCAUCACAACAUCGGUUAUUAUCCACUAUUUCUACACUGCAACUUACUGCUGGACUUUCUUAUAUGCCCUGGAUGUGAAGCUUGUAACACGUCAGAGACUCAUAAGCCACCUCAUGUACCAUGCAGUGGCUUGGAGUGUUCCGCUAAUCCUGUGCCUCUUGGGACUGCUCACCCUGUAUCUUCCUGAUCUAAAUUGCCACAGUCAAGCCGUGAACCCGUAUCUGAGAUUUCUGCCGAAUUAUUUAACCACAUUUAUUCCCAUUGUCAUUGUUAUGAUUGGCAACCCAAUACUUUAUUGCAUAGCAUUCUCAAAUCUUGAAAUGGAAAUAAUGUCAGCCAGAGGGAAAUUCACCCAAUCAGAACGGCAGGUUGUUGAUGGUCUGCGCAAGAAGUUCUUGCUGAUCAAUGGAGUUUUUUAUCUCUGCUGGUUGCCAAAUAUCAUCAAUGGCAUCGUCUUGUGGACAUCUUGGAAUAAUCUUCCUAAAGCAUUUAUUAUAACAGUGUGGUAUCUUAUGGCAAUCCUAAAUCCACUGCAGGCCGUAUUCAACUCCAUGGUGUAUCGCAGCUGGGAGGCAGGCAGUGUCAUCUCAAAGCCCAGUUGGUUCCCAGCAAGAUUAUGGCCUAAGUAUUUAUCACAACAGCUGGAGGUGCCCAAUGUCAAUGUUGAUGAUACUGAUAACGAUAAGGUUCCUGAACAAAAAGAGUCUGCAGAAGAAUCUCAGCGUUCUGUUUCUAUGAGGUUGUCACAUGAAAGAACACCAUUACUGCACUCUUUGUCAAAAGAUGGAGUUAAUCAAAGCCAGCAUGAGGUCACUAGUAGCCAGACUGCACCUAAAUCAUAUACUUAAUACACAAGUUGUUUCUGCUCCAAUGUAGUUAAAUUUAUUAUGGAUUGCACUGAAGCAUUUACUUACUACUUAUAUCUUCAGGUCACCAAAUUACCAUGUGCCAAUAAUCUGAAUGGUAUGGAACACAUACAGUACAUUUGCUUCUCUCUCUUUUUGGCAGUCUCAGGGAAAUGCUCUCUAAUGCUCUCUUACAUAUGCAUCUGGGAAAAGCAGAGUAAUACUUCACAGACUUCUGAAACUAAACACUUAUCAAAUGCUGAAUCAACUUUAAGCAGGCCUAGCAGAAUGUACCAGUAUGACAAAAUGUCCACUUGUUCUGUGUUCUCAGUUGUCUCUAAGUAUUACAUCCCAAGUCACAGUGUAUAUGAAAAUUUUCCUUUCCUCUGCAGUAUUGUUGUUCAGAUGAUAAUAAUGACAAUUUUUUUAAAAAUCAUUUGUUUUUAAUUGCUUUAAUGAUCAACUGUGCUUUACUUCAUUUAUCUAUGGAUUGUAUCACUGGAUCUAUAAUGCUUUCUAAGGGAGUUUCUCAGAAGUCACAAAGAAUUUGUCAUCAGUCACAAAGCUCUCAAGAAAGUUCAUAUACUAUAAUAUGACAAGCUUAAUCUUGCAUCUGCUUUCCAGAUUUGUUUACCUUUUUUCUCAUUUACGUUUGUCUUACUAAUUCUGUAGUUCCGUGAAUAUUUAUGACAUUUAUUUUAUUGAACAGGAUCACCUGUUACAUUUUUAGAAACCUUUUAUUUAUAUAUUUUUUCUUUAUUUUUCUUUAUGGCAUAGAUAAUUUAAAAGCAUUGUCUGUCUUAUCGUGUUCUGUAUCUUUUGGUACUGAAGAUAAUUGGCAAUUUUUAUGUUUUAGUAUAGAUUAUUCACAAAAAUAUUUUAUGAUACUUGAUCAAUGAUUGAAGCAUAUGAUCUAUUAUUAAAAUGCCAUAAGAUCUAUUAUUAAAAUGCAGACAAUGUUAUAGAGAGUUGCUAAUCAUACAUUCCAACUGUCUCAAUAUUCCAAUUUUCAUUCCAGAUAUAUCCUUGAGAUUUAAAGAUUGUUUGUUUUAUGGUUAAAUAUAUAAUGCACUUUUUAUUAUGCUCACUGACCUCCAUCCAGAUAUCAGGUUUACUCGGAGGAUGGGAAUCUCUUCUUGACAGCUAACUGAUAACUAUUGCAACAAAAAGGGGUUGCACCUGUUAAUACUCACUGCCAUAUUCAUUGCAUUAUACCGAGUAACUAGGUAGUUUGUGUACAGGGCUUUUCAUGCAGUUGAUUGACAUUGCUAGGCAAGAUACUCCUUCCAUUGGAACAACUUUGAACAGAGCAUAGAUGUUGCCAGCUAUUGAUACCUGUUUUAGUUGUUUUUUCUGUUCAGUUUUGCUGAUCACUUUGUUUUAUAAUCAUUAUUAUUAUUAUUAUUAUUAUUAUUAUUAAGAUGAUUAUGAUGGUAAUUUUCAUUAGCAGUAGUAGUAGUAUUUCUGCUACUACUACUACUACUAAGACUACUAUUACUUGUGUUUUUGUUAUUACUUUUACUAGUAUAGUUACUAUAUGUAUGUCUGUAUAUAUAUUUUUUCCAUAUAGGUUUUCCAUUCCUCCCAUACUUGCAGCCUUGAACAUGUAAUAUAUCUUUUAUUAUCAAUUGUUGCGAUGGUGAGUUUGUUGCAAAAGCUGUUUGUUGUCAUUCGCAAACUUGUUUUUUCAUUAUUUUUAUAAUAUUACCUAUGUAACUACAGUAUUAUGUAACUGCAAAUAUUGAGAGUAAUCGAAAUUGAAUGACCACAAACAUAUUCCCUUGACAGUAUAUAUACAUAUUGUAACAAGAUUUGUAAGUUGAAAAGGACUCAAAUUUUGUUACUUAACAAAAAUUAUUUGUAAAGGGUUGCAAAAUCCUGUACAUGUCUUUUCAAGGGCACCCUUUAUAAUAAUUUAAUCUUUUCCAUUCUUUCUUUGUUAAUAUUCCUUGUGUACCAUUGAAAUAUAUUUAAGAGUGUAAUGAAUACUUCUCUUUUUUUCUUGUUCUUCCUCUUUUUUGGCAUAAAGAAAUACAUAUAUAUUUAGCUGGAUUGCAAAGCUUAUUUCCCACUUUAGCUUUCGGCAUCUAAGGAACUGCCAUCAGCAUAAAGAUAUUGAUAUUUUUAUAAGGUACUUACUGUGUGUAAUUAUAUUUACAGAAUUUACACCAUCUGAGUAUAGUUGCAGUAGAUUAACAAGAUAUUGCAUAAGAAUUACUCACUGGAAAGAAUUUGCCACAUGCAAAUAGUGUUUGAAUUGAUAAUCUCUUUACAGUCUUGCUAUUUACAAGUGCUUAAGAUUAUACUUUUUUUCAAGCAGCAUAUAAACUGGGAGAAAUAAAAAGGUAAUUGUUUUGCUUUCUGUGGACAAGUUGUUGAAACCUAGAAAUCUUUAUUAUCAUAUAAGGUUUAUAUAGUUUUUUUUAUAUAUUUAUUUAUAUGUGACUGUAAACAGCUCAUUAAAUAUUACUCAAGUCAAUA